AUGUGUUCGAAAGUCAUUACAUCGAUUCAGGAAGUGACAAUUGCCAUUUCACAGAUUCUUCAAAACAAAAUCGAACAAUGGAACGAGCGACUGGGAUUAUAUAGAAAUACUCGUUUUGUGUUCGUAGCACAAUUUCUUGCAGACCACCAGCGUUGUGGAGUUAUGCUUAGCAGCUGCAGAAAGAAAACGAUAUGGGAAACAGUUAUAGUUACAGUUCUCUUGGUGUUAAGUGUCCGGAACUGCAGAAGUGAGUCCAUGGUGGAUUCCCUCUGCAACGCUCUACUACCUGAUGGGUACGAAAUAUACAAGGCUCCGGACGAAAAUGGACAACCCAUCAAGGUUCUGAUUGGAUUUCAAGUGUUGGAUAUCGGAGAGAUAGACGAAGAAAAGAUGGAUUUCAGGCUCCACGCUUUCGUAAUGAGCAUAUGGAACGACUCUCGCCUCCUCCUGGACAAGUACAGAGACAGCGAGGUUAACGAGUUCACCAUCGUGUACGAGCGAUGCCGACGGUACAUCUGGACGCCGGACAUCUUCUACGAGACAGCCAAGCAGAUUGAAAACUACGAGAAGACAUCGCCCAGCACUCUUCUCAAAGUUCUGCCGGACGGAGCCAUCAUCAUGUCCACAAGGUACUCGUUUAAAGCUGGGUGUCACAUGAAUUUCGAAAAUUAUCCAUUUGAUUCUCAGCAAUGUGUGUUUUUUGUGUCCUUAAUGACCUCCUCCGACUCCGUUGCCGUCUUGAAGUGGGUGGGGGAGUCCAGCUACCAGAUACGUUCCAUCAAGAUGAUGAGAAAAGCCCAGCCACUGCAGUUCUUUUUACGCGAGCCCACCGCUGAUACUGUGACUGAAGUAUUUGCAGAAGGGAAUUACACCAGCCUGCUCGCCAACUUCCGGAUGGUGCGAAGGCUGACGGGUAGCAUCAUGAACACGUACGCCCCUUCCACCAUGAUAGUCACCAUGAGCUGGGUCACCUUUUGGAUCAAGGUGGACGCGGUGCCCGCCAGAGUCGCCCUCAGCGUCACUUCACUUCUCACCCUGUGCACACAGGUGGAACAGUACAAAUCUCAACUGCCUCCAGUGAACUACAUCAAAGCGAUGGAUAUCUGGCUCUUCGUCUGCAUCCUUAUGGUAUUUUCCUCACUGCUGGUGUUUGCCGUUUCUUACCAUAUUCACACCAGAAAAUGCAAAGAGUGUUCCAAAGAUGGAAAGCCUGAUGAGAAAACUGAGAUCCUUUUCAAGAAAGGAAGAAAAAUGAAACUCUAUCCACUGAUCACAGGAGAAGACAAGCAAAUCAAGUUCAUCCAGUCUUCCAAGAGCCCGGGCUCGGAGAUCAGUGUCAAAGAAUGCCAGAUAUGCCUGGACAGUCAGGCGUGGGGCCCUCGAGUAGACGAAAUAUGCAAAACAUUGUUCCCUGGCUCAUUUCUCCUAUUUGCAGUUGUGUACUGGGUGCAUUACUUAAGAAUAUACAACGAUCAUCUGUUAUGA